AUGACGAAACGCGGCAGGCAAGAUGGGGGCGACGAUGAGCAGUCCGCCCGUAACAGCAAGAGAGUACAAGGGAACAAGCAGGAGGAGCUCCGAAAGAAGGAGGAGGAGCUUCGAAAAGAGAAGGAGGAGGAGCUCCGAAAGAAGGAAGAGGAGCUUCGACAAGAGAAGGAGGAGCUCCGAAAGAAGGAGGAGAAGAUCCGAAAUGAUAAGACUGAGGCCAUGUGGAAACUUCAUCUCGAAGGCGAAAUCAAGGAGUACUGGCAGGAUGUUCUGAAGGACCUUGCAGACCAGGAGAAGAAACUAGAGAAGGAGAAGGAGGAGCUCCGAAAGGAGGAGCUCCGAAAGAAGGAGGAGAAGAUCCGAAAUGAUAAGACUGAGGCCAUGCGGAAACUUCAUCUCGAAGGCGAAAUCAAGGAGUACUGGCAGGAUGUUCUGAAGGACCUUGCAGACCAGGAGAAGAAACUAGAGAAGGAGAAGGAGGAGCUCCGAAAGGAGGAGCUCCGAAAGAAGGAGGAGAAGAUCCGAAAUGAUAAGACUGAGGCCAUGUGGAAACUUCAUCUCGAAGGCGAAAUCAAGGAGUACUGGCAGGAUGUUCUGAAGGACCUUGCAGACCAGGAGAAGAAACUGGAGAAGGAGAAGGAGGAGCUCCGAAAGGAGGAGCUCCGAAAGGAGGAGGAGCUCCGAAAGGAGGAGCUCCGAAAGAAGGAGGAGAAGAUCCGAAAUGAUAAGACUGAGGCCAUGUGGAAACUUCAUCUUGAAGGCGAAAUCAAGGAGUACUGGCAGGAUGUUCUGAAGGACCUUGCAGACCAGGAGAAGAAACUGGAGAAGGAGAAGGAGGAGCUCCGAAAGGAUUGGAAAGGUCUCCGAGAGAGAGAGAACCACAUCUCUUGGAAGGAGAUAACUCGGAAUCGUGACGCGGUGGGGUAUAUGGAGGAGGGAAAUUUUUUUUGUCUCGAUGGGUCGUUUUGGGAUCAGCACAGCUCUGGACAAGGAAGGCAGCGGGUGCUCUACUGCAGGAAAUGCUUCAAUGAGCAGUGGGAGUUCAUUAAGGACAGAGUGUGUAAGGACGGGAGUCUGGGUUGGAUCUUAGGGCCUCCAGGGACGGGGAAGUCGUCGACGACCAUGUCCUUUAUACAAUCGCUGAGCAUGGAGGAGGGAUGGAUGGUGAUGUGUGUGCGGCUGUGGAAGUGGAGUUCAGUUCAAGUGCUCCAAGUUGAUGAUGGAGUUUUGAGAAUCGCUGAUUUGCCACGCAAUGGUGCAGAAGAGAUGCUGAGAUGGGUCCUAAGAGAAUGGUCUCAGGGCAAGAAGAAGUAUCUUGUGUCCUUGGACGGUUACCAACAGGAUGUACAUGAUCUGGCGCUCAGUGAAUGCAUGUGGUGGCUUCACAAGGACCGGGAAAACCGGCGGGUUGUCAUCACGACGUCGAUGAGUUCUCGAGAAAAGAAAAAAAUUGAGCUCGAUAGAAUGGAGAAGGUAGAGGAGUUGAUGGUGUACUCGUGGGCACUGGAGGAGUACCAGGAGGCCAUAAAGUACGAAAUGUUCUACAAGAGUGUGGCCGGUGUAAUGAAAUGGAGCUUGGAUGCGGAAGAAAGCUCGGAGGAGACAAGGUCGAGAGAUGUCGAGUCAAAGUAUCAGAUUGUUGGAGGCUCAUGCCGCCAUAUGUUCGAAUGUACGACAGAUCAAGCUAUCCAAGAUCUCUGUGCAGCGAUGGACUCUGUCUCUAAUUUCACGACGCUCUUUGAAAUGAACGUGGGCGACCUUUCUGGGAAGUAUCGAAUCGGAAACCAGGUGUACUGGACUUUUAUCAGUAGGUUUGUUGCCAGGGAGCUAGCAGAGAAGCUCGGAGAAUCGUUUGUGAGGAAGAUUGAGCAGCUCCCUGGCAUGACUGAGAAUCCGUCUCUUCGGGGGAUUUUGUUUGAGAUGCUGUUCUUUGCUCGGAUAGGACGAGAUCCAGGGCUGCAGGUCAACCUCAGGUCAGAGAAUCAAGCCGAGUCCGAGCAGCACGACGACUGGCAAAGGUGUAGCGUAAUACCUCUUGAAGCAAGCGAAGUCCAGAAGGCUCUGAAGCAAGGAGAAGCAAGGUUGUGCCUGAAGCCGUUGAAAUGGAAUCAGGGGGGCUAUGAUGCAGUGAUUUUGGACUCGAAUGACAAGUUGGUGCGCUUCAUACAGGUAACCAUUGCGGAGACCCAUGACCUUAAAUUGCGGUUCAUGUAUGAGUGUCUGCAAUCUUUGGGCAUUGAGCAAGGGGGGACCUGGAAGGUUGAGAUUGUGUUUGUCGUUCCAAAGGAGAAUCUCUACAAGUUCAGAAUGAAACGUGUGGAAGACGAAUUUAUACUUAAACAGUACGGGUGGACACGCGACUCUCAAGUAGUUGCAAUGAACUCCAGACCGCAAGGAUAG